AUGGACGCCCUCGAAAAGGUCCACGACUUCGCCAAAAGCAUAAACGUACCCAUCCGCUUCCUCAGCAAAGACGAAGCCCACCGCCGCGAACCAGAUGUCCGAGCUGAAGCCGGCGUUUUGGAAAGUCCCAGCACCGGCAUCGUGGAUUCGCACAGCUUGAUGCAAUACCUGCAAGGCUCCUUUGAAAACGACGGAGGAAUCUGCGCCUUCAAAUCAACAGUCACGCACAUCACCCCCAUCGACUCCGGGCGCAGCGGGUGGGAAAUCACAACGACGGGAGCGGAUGGCGAGGAAACCAGUAUCACAGCCGACACGUUGGUGAACUCGGCUGGUCUCUUCGCUGUGGAUAUCCAGAAUAUGAUUUUGCCCAAGCCACGGCACAGAAAAGCUUUCUACGCAAAAGGAUCCUACUUCUCCUACGCUGUCUCGCGGCCUAAACCCUCAACACUCGUCUACCCCGCCCCAGUCCCCGGUCACGGCGGUCUAGGAACCCACCUCACACUCGACAUGGCCGGCCGGAUUCGUUUCGGACCAGAUGUCGAGUGGACAGACUCACCCACUGACUACACCCCCAACACCAAAAACAUGGCACAAGCCAUCGAUGAUAUCCAGACGUAUCUACCCGGCGUAGAUAGAAAUGCUAUUCAACCAGACUACGUGGGGAUACGACCGAAAUUGGGAAAAUUGGCGGCGACGAGCGGGAAGGACUUCCAGGAUUUUGUGAUAUGUAAGGAGGAGGGAUACGAGGGGUUUGUGAAUUUGUUGGCGAUGGAGAGUCCGGGGUUGACUAGUAGUUUGGCUGUUGCGGAGGAGGUGGAGGGGUUGUUGUAUGGGUAG